UGACAGAGCUGAUGCUGAUCCAGACUCAGGCAGAAUGGAGUGCUGUGCUUGUACUGUGGCUGCUGCUGUCGUUAUCCCCCUGUCCCUUCUUUACUUUGCUUCUCCUCUGAUCAGGAAGUUUGUUGCUGGGGGAGUUUGCAAAUCUGAUGCAAAGCUUCAUGGGAAGGUGGUUAUAGUUACAGGAGCAAACACCGGAAUCGGGAAAGAGACCGCAAGAGAUCUUGCCAGGCGAGGAGCUCGUGUAAUUCUUGCCUGCAGAGAUGUGCUGAGGGGCGAAGGUGCCGCUUGUGAAAUCCGGGCGUCUACUGGAAAUGACCAAGUUGUUGUUCGCAAACUGGAUUUGGCAAACACAAAAUCAGUCAAAGAAUUUGCAGAAAACAUUCACAAAGAUGAGAAAAAAAUCCACAUACUGAUUAAUAAUGCAGGUGUCAUGAUGUGCCCUUACACCAAGACGGCUGAUGGCUUUGAGAUGCAGAUUGGAGUCAACCAUUUUGGACACUUCCUCUUAACCUACCUCCUGCUGGACCUUCUGAAACAGUCAUCACCGGCUCGUAUUAUUAAUGUCUCUUCUCUGGCUCAUCUGUUUGGAGCCAUCAAGUUUAAUGAUAUCCAAAGCCUGAAGAGCUACUUCAGCCCUGGGGCUUAUUGUCAGAGCAAGCUGGCAAACAUCUUGUUCACACGAGAGUUGGCCAGGAAACUGCAAGGUACUGGAGUGACAGUCAAUGCUUUGCACCCUGGCACAGUUGGCUCAGAGCUGACCAGACAUUCCAUUAUACUUAAUUCUCUAUGGAAGCUGUUUUCUAUUUUUGUUAAGACACCCGUGGAAGGUGCUCAGACAAGCAUUUAUUGUGCAGUAGCGGAGGAGCUAGAGAACGUCACUGGAAAAUACUUCAGUGACUGCAGACCGGCCUAUGUGUCAUCUAAAGGACGUAAUGAUGCUGAUGCAAAGAAACUGUGGGAUUUAAGCUGUAAUACUCUUGGAAUCCAAUGGGAAUGAGCUACAAGUCUGACAUAUAUUUUUUAUUUGCAAAAACUGUACAUAGGAAGUAUAAAAUUGUAAGGUUAAAUUGAGUUCAUACCUCAGUAUACAUUUAGCGAGUCUGAAAUUUUUUAUAUACAGGUGGCCCUCGUUUUACAACGGUUCAAUUUACACCGUUUCAGAAUAACAACCUUUUUUUUCCAGUCCUGUGACUGCUAUUGAGAAGCAGUUCAUUUAUUAAAAUAGCCAGUAGGUGUAGCUGUCUGCUUGUGUUGCAGCAAAGCCUAGCAAGCUGAAAUUAAUCAGUUCAACCAAACCUGAGCUAUUGAGCAGAUUUCAAAGGAACAAGAUCUUCCUGUCUAUAAAUCAGUCCAGAUUGGAAUGCAUAGAACGAACUGUUUGCAGAAAAAUGCAAGUGAAGUCUGUGUUGUGUAAUUAUUUUAUUAGGUUUAUAAUGCUGUUUAGCAAAUAUUUUUGCUCAUUUAACUUGGUUUAAUUAUAUAUUCUGUGUUGUGAUUAUUUUAUUAGGUUUAUAAUGCUGUUUAUCAUUUAAAGUCUUCAUUUCAAAGCUUUAAAAAUAAAUGUAUUAGGUGUUACUUAUGACAAUUUUGAGAGGGGCCUGGAACCUAUCUGCCUCACUUCCCAUUGACUUACAUUAUAAACUGGGUUUCAAUUUACAACGGUUUCGAUUUACAACCAUUCCUUCUGGAACCUAACCCCGGCGUAAACUGAGGGCUACCUGUAUAAUAAACAUUCCUAGUUGAGCGAACAAGUUACUUUUUUCCUUAACAGCCUCAUACAGCAUUUGUAAUAAAUUUACCUUUAAAAA